GCCCCUCCCAGGGUGCUGUUGGCGGUUUGAAGUUGGUUGAAAAUGGCGGAGGAAACACGCUCGGAGCUCGAGAAACUGCAAGAUGAAGGACUAGAAGAGAAGGAAGAGAAAACUGUGAAAACUAAGACUGUUUCUUCCAGUAAUGAAGGCGAAAGUUCAUCUCGAAGUGCAGAGAAAAGAGCAGCUGAUGACAAAAAUCAAGAUGAUUCUGCUUCCGGGGAUGCAAACAACAAACCAACCCCUGCAAAAGUUUCCAAAGUUGGAUUUUCAAUAGGAAGUAUGACCGUAAAGAAACCAGCCCCAAUAUCCAUCAAAUUAGGAGCAAAUAAACCUAAAGAAAGUCCACCUGUUUUAGCUCCAAAGAAACCUUCAGUUGCCGCUGUAUUCAAUGAAGAUGAAGAUAGUGAACCAGAGGAAAUGCCUCCUGAAGCAAAAAUGCGCAUGAAGAAUAUGGGACGAGAAACACCGACGUCAGCAGGACCAAAUUCUUUUAACAAGGGAAAACAAGGAUUUUCUGACAACCAGAGGUUGUGGGAGCGGAAGAUGAAAAGUCAGCUGCGGAACUUUGGAGACGAGGACUAAAUGCUAUUAUUGAAAAUGCAGAAUUGUGAGCUGUGGGAAGUGGAAAUGAAUUGUAGAGAUUGAGAUACAUUCUAGAUUGCUUUGAAAUGGAAACUAUUUUCAGUGAUGUGUAUAAUGUAUACUUAAAGACUUUCUCACUAUAACUUGUAAUGAGUGCAAUGUGUUUAGUAAACAGUAAGUGACCCCUUCAGAGAAAUUUCAUUCAGAAAUAUUCAACACAGAAGUUGCAGUUAAGAUCUUUCACCUCUAGUAGCUAUAUUUGAUUAUUUUUAGUGUGCCACUGUGGUUAUUUCAUUUGGAGUCCUGGAAAGUAAUAUGUCUACAUAUCAGUUAAAAAUCGGAAAGGAAAGUUCAGUUAAAUUUCACUUCAUUGAAAAGUUCAUGGUCAUUAAUUGCGAAGCUCCUGAAAACUGUUUUACAUUUUAUAAUAGGCAAGUACUUUUGGUUUAAGCAAAUUUCAUGUUACUCAAAAAAAUUCAAAACUUGUCUGAAUUAUUUCAAGACUCAGAUUUCCAAGUAUCACACCUUUUUCCAGCAAACACUUGGUCUAGUGAGGCAUUCCUAGGUUGUAUAUGAACUCAAAUGGGAAUAAUGUAACUUGCCAGGCAACUGUUCCCUGCUAGCAGUGCAGCACAGGCAAUCGGUAUAUAUGGAAUGGGAAGGACAAACUAUAUCCUUUGUCUUCAAUCCCUUUGAUAUUACAAUGUACUGAACUUGUUUAUUGCAGAUUAUUAUUAAUGGAGUCAUGUUAACCUAACUUUCAAAAUUUGGCAUGAUACAUUAGUGUGUGGUAAGUAUUUUCACUUCUAUUCCCAAAAGACAUGUCCAACAAAUAACAGUUGACAACAGCUGUAGAAGUGCCGAUUUGAUAUGAAUUAGGAAGCUCAACCUGUAUUUAACUGAAGUGGUUCUAUCCACAACUUCAUUGAAAUUCUUGUUGUCUUUUCUCAGCCUUUGCAAGUCUUGUAUUAGUUCUUCUGUACACCCACGAUAAAUAAUAAAUUCUAAUCUGGGAUUUGUUACUCUUCCCAGUACACCAAA